AUGGAAAAAGGGACCGUUGACGUGCUGGAGUUGUCCGACCGUGAUAGUGAAAGGAUUGGCGAGAUUGUUCUUCCUGACAGCUGUGAAGCAGCCGUGAAUACGGGUGCAGUGGCUAUUGGGACAGUCGGCGCACGAUUGGGUGGAGAUGUUGAUCAGCAGAGGCCCCUGGACAUCCGGAAGCCAGAUCACCGCCGGGAUUGCUUCGAAGAGCGGAUCAGCCUCAAGCCCCCUCUCUCGUUUCCAGCACCUUCCAGUUCUCCCCUUCCUAAUACCCCCCACCUAUCCCCCCGUCGCAUCCCCCUCUCCCAUGUCUUCCUCUGCAGCACUGUGUACACCACCUUCCAUUCCAGCGCCACUUCGCCCUGCCAGGCGCCCUCGUGCACACCAACCAUCCCUCCCGCUUAUCUUUUCCAAUCCAAAUUCCCCUUCCCAUCCUUCUCUCUGCAGCACUGUGUACGCCACCUUCCAGCGUCACUACGUCCUGCCAUGAGCCCUCACUCGCGCACACCAAUGUGGCAGUCGACUGUUUUGUCACCGUCACCUCUCGCCCUCACUGUCUCGCUGUCUUCCUCUCAUGACUCCUCCAAUUUUCCCCACCUAAUUUCCCUGUCCAAUCUCUCCGUUCCGCUCCCUCUCACCAGGACGGUUUUCGCCACGUUUCAGCGCCACUUCGCUUCGCCCUGCCAGGAGCCCUCGCGCACACAACGAGGCAGUCGACUGCAUCGCCACUCUCACCUCCCUGCCCCACUGAUUUCCUAUCUCUCUCGAAUGUCUCUUGUCCCUCUCAGGACGGCAUAUGCCACGUCUCAACGCCACUACGCCCUGCCAGGCACCCUCACUCACACCAACCAACCACACUCCCUUGCUAAUCCCCUUGUCCAUUCUCUCCCGCAUCCCUCCCCCUCUUUGCAGCACGGUAUACGCCACCUUUCAGGGACGGUAUAUGCUACUUUCCAACGCCACUUUGCCUUGCCAGGCACCCUCACGCACACCAACUUGGCAGUCGACUGCAUCGUCACCGUCACCUCCCGCGCUCGCUACGUCGACCCCGCCGCCCAACCGGAUGGCGCCGCCGCCCAUCCAAAUGGUGCCGCCACCCAAGCAGGGGCGGCAGGAGCAGCAGGGGCGGCAGCAGGGGAAGCAGCAGGGGCUGGAGCAGGGGCAGCAGCAGGAGAAGCAGCAGGGGCAGCAGCAGCAGCAGCGGCGGCGGCAGCAGCGGCGGCGGCGGCGGCACCGGCACCACCAGGUGCUUACGGUGCUGCGGGUCCUGCGGCUGCUGCUGGUAUUGCUGCUGCUGCUGCGGAUGCUGCAGCAGGAAGAUUCCUCCCUGUGGGUCCCACGCAGGAGCAAUGGGGCCCACAAGGCCAUGCAGAGGUGGUGGAGGAGACGAGGCGCAUGGUUCUGGCGUACCGAGCCGUGACCCCCGGCCAAGCCGCUGCGCCAGGUGCGGGUGAGCUGCGUGCCGGGCCUGAUUUUGCGGGUGCCGCCAUUGCUGGUGCUGCUGGCACUGCUGCUGGCACUGCCGCUGCUGCUGGUGGUGGUGCUGGUGCUGUGGCUCCAGAAGGAGCCGCAGGAGGGGGUGUGGUGGAGCAGUGGCAGUGGCAGAGGCAGGCAAUUGGUGUUGCAGGGAUAAGGGAUGGGCAGAUUAAUGGGUUCCGGGAAGGGGGGGGCGGUGUAGGGCAGAUGAAUGUGUUCCAGGCAGGGGGGGGCGGUGUAGUGGCAGGAGCAGGAGCAGCUGCUGGUGGUGUUGCUGAUGCUGGUGGUGCUGCUGGUGCUGCUGGUGCUGCUGGUGCUGCUGGUGCUGCUGGUGCUGCUGGUGGUGCUGCUGCUGGUGGUGCUGCUGGUGGCGCUGGUGAUGGUCCUGCCGCUGCUGUUGCUACUGCGGCUGCAGCAACAGCGGCAGCAAUAGCAGGUGCAGGCACAGCAGCAGGAGCAGCACUGGCAGCAGCAGCAGCAGCAGGAGCAGCACUGGCAGCAGCAGCAGCAGCAGCAGGGCCAGGGCAUCUGGGGUUUCAGAUCAAGGUGGAGUGCGGGCAGGGGGAGGCGAGGCAGACCAAGCCGAGUGUGGGCGACUGGCACGACCUCAAGUGGAAGUGA